GAUUACAACUUACGAAUCACAAGAAUAUUAUUAUCAAAAUAAAAAUAACUUGUUAUAAUUAUAAAAAUAUGACAAGUGAAUGUUAAACAUUGUUUGAUUAGGUGGGAUAACAGUGUCUGUUUUUUGCUUUACGACAAAACCCAACAUGCUACGAGUCGUCCUAUUUGUAUUAUUUUGCUUUUAUACUGGGAUUUGUGGUUCUGAUGAGGCCAAGGGAGAUAAAGUGGUGACCGUGGAUUGUUCUACAUUACGUUUGGGUCAAUAUAUUUGCCCUGACCCUAGUGUAGAUCAAAUAGACACGGAAACACAACAAUAUAAAGGUUGCACAAAGGGUAAAAUUGUUCCUUCUGAGGGUGAAGCUGAUGUGCAAUGUAUAGCAGCUGAUGGAAUUAUAUGCACUGAAACCAACAAUUCUACAUUUACUAGAAAAAUGCCCUGCAAAUGGACGAAUGGCUACUCCUUAGAAAUAGCUCUACUAUUGUCAGUGUUCUUAGGGAUGUUUGGCUUGGAUAGAUUCUACUUGGGCUAUCCUGGUAUUGGUUUAGCCAAACUGUGUACACUUGGAUUCAUGUUUUUGGGUCAACUAUUGGAUAUCAUUUUGAUUGCAGCACAGGUUGUAGGUCCAUCAGAUGGGUCUGCGUUUGUCAUACCAUAUUAUGGAGCAGGAGUUACAGUUAUCAGAAGUGAUAAUGAAACAUACCUUCUGCCACAGGCUGAUUGGCACAAUAUUACCUGACAGUGGGGUUUUAUCACCUUCGAAGAAGAUGAUGAUUAUGAAUGGACGUAGUGUCUCAGUAACAAGGAAUAUAUUUUAUAAUACAGCUGUGUUAUAUUUUUGAGAUGUGUAAUAUAAUUAAAAUGAUUUACUUACAGUGGUUUUCUAAGACCAAAAAUCUCCAUUUAAUACAUAUGGUUACCUUGUUGUUGAUAUGUUUUAUAAAGAUAUUUUGCUCUCAGAAACCCACAAUUAGCAAUAUGAUAAAUAAAUAAUGCUAAGCUAUUUGUCAUUAAACUGCUUUGUUUAUUAAGAAUGAGAAUAUACUAAAAUCAAUAAGAGGCUCUUCUGUAUUAGCAAUUUUUAGUCAUUUUAUAAUUUUUAACAAUCUACCGCACUUGGCCACAAUUCCAUCCGAUGUUAAGAGAUUCAGAAAUUUAAUGAAUUCUGGCUGACUUUUUUGUUUUUUUAAUAUUAUUUGUCAUAUCAGCCUAUGGUUAAACUGCAUCUUUAGAUCUCAAAGAUAGUGAUACUACUAGCAUGUAAUUUACUGUUGAAUGAAGCUAUUAGGAUAAGAAAUGCUUCUUAUCAUGACUUUAAUAUCAUGCGAAGAAAUAUUAUUUAAAUAAAUAUGUAGAAAGAUACUGGCAACAUUUACGGGAUGUAAAAAAAUACAAUGUAAAUAUAACAUUGUUUAUUUACAUAAAUAAAUAAAAUUUUAUCUAU